GGAUUGAUGGUGUUGUCUCGCGGCUGUGUGCGGAGCAGCGCGAGCAGCUCAGCAGUUUAAAUUCAGAUUCAGAUUUUAAACUUGAAAUAAAAACUUUUUUAUUAGUUUUUAACUGCAGAAAGAGAAAAGUUGUAUUUUGCUGGAACUCUUCCGGCUCUUUCCCAGUUUUCUCCCGGUUUUCCCGGACUGUUCCCGGUGUCCGGGUCCAGAGGAAUGUGAGUUUGCUGUCAGUCUGAUUUACGGUUCUGGUUCUAUCGCUUUAAACCGGACUGAGAACCGGGCCGAGCCGGCCUCACCUGUCCGGUCCCGGUGCCGGUGGACCGGGUCAACAUGCCGGGACUGAGCGGUCUGGUCCUGCUGGGUCUCAGUCUGACCCUCCACACAUGCCGGGGCUUCCCCAACCAGCUGCCCGGACCCUCCUCCCUCCCGGACCCGCUGCUGGAUUACGACCGGCUAGAUGAGGAUCUGGGCGGUGGCGGGGGGCGGAACGGGACCGGUUGCGGGCCCUGCGAGCCAGACCUGUGCCCGGAGACCCGGGGCUGCCGGGCCGGGCUGGUGCCGGACCCCUGCGGCUGCUGCCAGGAGUGCGGGAACCUAGAGGGUCAGGCCUGUGACCCGGGGCCCCGCAGCGUCUUCUACGGGCUCUGCGGGACUGGGUUGCGGUGCCAGGCUGACCCGAGGCCCGCAGGAGGACCCGGACCCGGAGAGGAGGAGGACGACGAGGAGGAGGUGUGUGUGUGUGAGGACCAGGACCCGGUCUGUGGAUCUGAUGGAGUCACCUACAUCAACAUGUGUCAGUUCAGAGAGACCGCCUUCUCCAGACCAGGACUCAAAACCCGGGGACAGGGACCCUGCAGGACCGUCCCCAUCAUUAAGGUGCCCCCCCUCAGCCAGGUGAACGGGUCCGGCAGCAGCCUGGCGUUCCUCUGCGAGGUCUUUGCGUUCCCCAUGGCGCUGGUGGAGUGGACGAAGGACGGGCGGGACGUCGUCCUGCCGGGAGACGACCCCCACAUCUCCGUCCAGUCUCGUGGCGGUCCUCUGAAGUUUGAGCUGUCCAGUUGGCUUCAGAUUGAGGGCGCAGCGCCGGAGGACUCGGGGACGUAUCGCUGUGUGGCUCGUAACACCGUCGGCUCAGCGUCUGCCUCCGCCAUCCUCGGAGUCCUCGGAGCAGAGGAGCUGUCGUCCUACCUGGCUAACAGUGUGUCAGAGAUGAAGCAGCUGAUGGAUGCCUCAGACUACGACCAGGACUUCUACUGAACCUGUGAUGUCACUUCCUGUCGUCUCUGGCGGACAACAGAGACUAUUAUUAUUAUUAUUAUUAUUAUUAUUAUUAUUAUUAUUGAUUAAUACUACUAUUAUUUGUGUUAUUGUUGUUGUUGUUGUUGUUGUUGUUGUUGUUAUUAUCUCAGUGUAACCUCCCUGUGACAUCACAUUGGGCGGAGCUCAGCAUGUUGAACGUGUCGUUGAGUCCCAGCUGUCAAUCAUAUCAAACUUUAUUAUUAAUAAAAGACAAAACAACAAACUGGAGCUGUUUAU